AUUGAAAAUGUUGAACUUUGAGCUGUGCAUAGUGAUCGUCUGCAUAGGAUCUCUCUCUACAGCUUCUGGAAUUCGUAUGGAAGCUGCCCCUAGCCAUAUAAAUAUUGGAGUAACAAGAUAUCUCAAUGUUAGGUGUUCGACUACAAGGGGAGACGACUCCAGCAUGGAAAGUCUCAUGUCUUUAAUAAUCUCGAGAUCGAAAACUUCACAAGACAAAGAUUUCCAAGAGCUGGCAUCAAUGACCACGUUUACCCCUAUGGUGCAGAUCAAGGAUGUCUUAGAAGUUAACAUGACCGCAUCGGGAAACAUCGACAACAAUGAACAAUCUUACAUAGAUCUGGUAUGGGAAUACCCGGAUGUAACGAAAAUAGGUGUGUAUAAAUGUGAGGCACACGGCGUUGACCACACUGGACAUCCUGCUUAUGUAAACACGACAGUCGUGGUGUCAUCAACACAUCCUGACUGUGAACCUGUACUAGAACAAGUAAAGACACAAGCAGCGGUGAUUGAACAGCUCACCAGUAAAGUGGACAACCUGACUAGUACUGCACGUGAGUUGAACCAACAGUUGAAGCAAUUACUAGGCAAGGAUCUAACUUCUAUAUAUAAAAUAUCACCAGGCUACAAUGGAAAAAUAUAUUUGUUUUCUGUUAAAUAUAAUACACUUUCAGCUGGUAACUCAGCGGUAGUAUGUAAUACUUUCGGGGGAUACUUAGUUGAAAUAGAUUCUGAACAGGAGUACAAUUUUAUCAUCCAGAAUCUGCCAGCUAAUGAAGGUUAUUCAUUUUUCUACGUGGGUGCGACUGACUUUGGUCAUGAGAACGUCUGGAUAUACGUACACACGAACACAUCAGUCACUUAUUUAAACUGGCGUCCUGGUGAUCCUGACGGCAGAAAUGUACAGAACUGUUUGACGUUGUUUACUCCUACAUGGCUUAUGGCAGAUGCUGAAUGUUCUUACACCCGUGAAUCUUUAAACAUGGGUUACAUAUGUGAGGUACCAGAACAUUAAAAAAUAUUAAUUGAUUUGAUUAAUAAACUAAAUUGAAAGUAUAAUAACAUGAAUUUCAGACUAUCCAAUGACUUGGCGACAAGACAACUGAAAAGUUGAUUUUAAUAAUAUUGAUCAGGUUGGAUUGGUUGUUUCUAGAGGAGUUAUUUCCAUCAUCAAGUAUAAAUCUACUGUGGUGACGUUAGUU